CGAAUGCACAUCACAUACGCGUUAAACGCACUAAACUUUGAACAGAAAAUUGAAAUGCUGACAAUUAACAAUAGUUAAUCAGUAAUUUAUUGAUCUUCAUGGCGUGUUCAGUCAAAACGCGAUAAAAGUAUAAGGCGAAUUAAUAUCAAUAUCACAAAAAUGCCGAUUUUUUAAGUAAACAGUGUUAUCAGUUGAUUAACCCAGAUCAUGGCUAGCUUGUCAUUGAAACACGUGGGGUUUACUAGCUGUUAAUUUUGAGAAGCCCGCACAAAGCGUAUUCGAACAAAGAAAUUUUACAGAAUAUAAAGCUGAGAGUUGCUAAUUCUUCCGGGCACCUCGUGCUAAGACUUCCCUACAUAUUUUUAACUUCCGCAAAGGAUUAAUAGUUCUCUAACACUUUCAAUACAACUUCUCUUACUAAAUAUCGCGAGGAACUAAUGUGAUUUAAGGCAACUUUAAAUCGAUUCCAUUUACAUUUUUCUAAUUAAGACCUGUUUAAGAACUACUAAACAGCGAUUGUUUUAGUAGCAAAACAGGCCCAAAUAGUUGAAAAUAAAGGCAGUAUUCUGAUCAAUCAAUGACAUGGCAAAAGUUUCAAACAAAUUCAGGACUCCACUUAACAGGUUUAUUUCAAAGGCCCUCUCUUGAUAGCGUUGAUAAACUUCGAGGGAAAUAACGAGAGUCAGGAAAAUCUUAGGCCACACUCAGGGAAAAAGAUACUGUUUCGGCUCAUCUUUUGUUUCCACUAAACGGUUAAACUAAAUUAAGUUAUCAAAUGACUCGAAUUCGUGCCAGUUUACAUUAACUACUGACAAAAAGUAGCGAAUCAUUCACAGCGAAUGUAAUUUUAACAAAGCGUUUCUUCAAUUGUGUGUUGUUUAUUCCAGUACUUCUGCUCGCUUGCUUAAAAUCAUAUCAAAGCUUCAAAUGGAUGUAAUUGCGAGAUAUAAAUCCACUGAACCUAUUCAGUGUCAGAAUAUACAUCAAUUUCGGGUGAUUGACACCGCAACAAAAGCUUUGUGGCGGAGCACGCGCAUGGCGGCAAGCGUGUGCACGUAUUGUUAUGUAAAAGACGUCUCAUACACGCGUGCUGCAAAGAAAAGUCUAAGAAAGAUGAGUUACAGGCAACAAUAGGCAAGGAGCCAGUGAGAGGAGAAGGGUCCAGCCACUAGAACCGGGAAGAAAAGAAAGCAUCUGUGAAGCGGAGCAUUUGUGCAGCAAAAAAGUAUGACAAAAGAAGAAAAUAACGCAAGCGACCAGCUUGUUUCCUCAAGUAAGGAAGUGAAUGCGGCAGAUAAUUCAAGAUAUCGGAAAUGGGCACAGCUGGAUCGUAGUAGACGGUUGAAAGCAAGCGCCAGAGAACGAAAACGGCGACAUGUUUUGAACAACGCUUUGGAACUUUUACGGAAGAAGGUCCCGUGUGUUGAUCAAAACCCACAGAAACUUUCCAAAAUUGAAGUACUACGUAUGGCUAUCGACUACAUAGCCAUGUUAAGUUGUUAUUUGAAAGGAUCUCAGUCUGCAGCGAUGUUAGCGGGGCAGCUUCCACAAGUGGAAGUUGCAGCAUCCAUCACACCAAAUCGAAGCGGAACUCCUAGCGUUCUAAUGCACGACCAAGCGGUUACCAUUGUCGUCCCAAAAACUCUGGAUCAAUUUCAGAUGGGAGAUCACUAUGGUAUUAAAAGCUCAGAGCUGGACGUAUACCUGAAAGGAUUCCAAGACUUUGCUCACGAUUAAUGAAAAUUAUAUAACUUUAUAUCUGUGUAAAAAUCAAAUUUGUAGAUACCGCGUAAGUUUUUAUCUCUUUUUCUAUGAAAAUAAAAAGACUCAAAAGUUGGAUGGAAUUUUUAAAUUCUUUUAUACUACUGCCGUUGACUCUAAGUAAAAUGCAACAGCUUGUAUUAAUGAAAGUAUCUUUAUUAUUCUGUACAGCUGUAGCCGAGUCAAUAUAUUACUGAAAUAGAUUCAAUUAUGAAAAAUUGUCUUUAAACAAGCUGUAGUGGAUUUCGUGUUAGUUUUUAAACGCAUCCGUGCUUUUUUUAAUGUCCUUCUAGCCACGCACAAGAAACAGACAGUUCAACCUGUUUCUUCCCCUAUCUCGUUUUUGCGCGCGAUAAGUCUCGCAAACAGUUGCCACACCGAAUCCCACCGACCAAAACAAACAGAACUGACCGGUAAUUGUGUUGUAACAUAAGUAGACUUGGUUUGUUGGUUAAUUCGUGUACAAUACCACAAGAUUCCCCCAUGUAAACUCCACGGCUUUAUCGAAGGUACCUAUUCACUAAAUUCGCGGGGAAAUCAUGAAAACAUAAAUUUUUUUGUAAGCGGUUCGUUGCAAGCGACAAUUGAAAAGACUUAUCAAAGCACCUAAAUUUUAAAACUGCUUAAAUUAACCGCCCUUUGUCUCUGGACCACGUGUAGGAUUAUGAAUUGUUACGUUCAAGUAACACGAAAUAUGGCUCAAUGGCCAAAAAGGCGGCUGAUACAUCAACAGAAAUCAUGAUAAAUUUUUAUGCCAAAUUGCACAUUUCGAAAUAAGCGGAAGUUUUCAAGAAUAACAAUUCAAACCAAGAGUUGUUUUUAGGGUCGGCUAUGAAUUAAUCACCAGUAUCUUAAACAAUAUAGGACCUGCGAUCACAGUUUGAUUCAAGAUGCUGCUCCGAAAACUAAAUGCAUAAAUAAAGACAGGUUGCAAAAUACAGGAGUGCAAUCUUUACGAACAAGUUUUAAAGAUAAAGUGAAACAGAACUAACCUCUACAAUUUUUGAAAAUUAGUUUACUUUUCGUGCGUCCACGAAUUAAAACCACGUGGUGAAGUAAUGGGAUACACAAAACAAUGUCCGCUUAUUUAACGAAACUUCAUUCUUUACUCUGUUCCUUAGCAACUUUGCAUUAAUAGCACGGAAUAAAACAGAUCCUAUGAGUUAAUUCAAGUUUCUGCUGUGAUUUGAUUGUCUGGUGUGAAUUUCAACAGCAACAAAAUUAUUUCAGGUUGAAAACUGAAAUCCAAACACAGUUUUAUAGUUCAUUAAGAAAGUGACACUGCAGCAUUUUGGUUUAAAACAGAAUUUCCGCAUGUUGUUGUCAAUUCAAUGAACAUUAAAAAAAAUUGAAGGAAGCCAACUGUAAAACCUUACUAUUAUUUUUAAAACUGACAUUCAAAACAAAAUCAAUCUGGAUUUCACGCGACUGUAUAGAAUAUCUUAGAACUGUGCAACGCCGGCUAAAUUUCUUUUUAAGAGCUCAACAUCAAAGUAGAAAACACAACCUUCAUUUUAACAUGCAUCUUUUCCACAAACUAAAAUUUCAUAAUCAACUGAAUUUUCCUCAUCUAUUUUAUGCCUUUUUUAAUUGACAUCGCUCAAAACAGCGCUGAAAAUUUUUGGGCAAUAAUUAUUCACUAAUAGGAACAAAUGAAAAGUAACCCACACCUCCAAGCGAAUGCAAAUUUUCACUUGUUUCAAGCCAACCCUUUAACACGUCAAUUUGAAGAUGGUACGAACAAAACAAAAUACCUGUCACUUAUCAAUAGAUUAGCUGGCGCCUAGGGAAAUAAAACAACAUAUCAAGGCUCCCAGAAGGGUGGGAAGGCACAGUGUAAGUUCGGAUGUACAAUAUCAUCCACACGCGUGAGAAAUCAAGGCGUUAUUCUACAUUAAGGGUUCCAUAGCAAGGACUUUGAUGUCUGCAAAUUACUGUUGUAAUUAUCUCCACGUGGGAUCAAUGUCUCUCUCAAUAAAGUAGUUGAAAUAUACACGUGCUGAAUUUGAGCGCCAACCGCGUUUAACAACCCGCAUCGAAAUUCUGCCGUCGCUGGUUUCCGUUUUUUUUUCGGAUCUUUCACGCAACGGCCAAACACUGGAAAAUCAGGUUCUGUCAAAAAAAAAAACUUUAGAAAAUGUGGAAAGCAUGCGAUUUCGGCGCUUGAAAAUUUACGCGUUCAUCACGUCCACACGUAUGCAACAAGAGCUAUUCCUAUGCAGACGCUUUUAUUAAUUAACAGUCUCGGUUAGAGCUGAUAAUUAUCAACUUAUUGGAUGAAAAACUUUGCUAACAUCAAUUAUUUGUUUUGAUAAACAACUUAAAAAAACAUGUUGAAAUUUUCGUUAACUUGUAUCGGUUUGUAGUUGUAUAAAAAUAUAUAAACACACAAAAAUAAUUAUCUGCAGCUUUACUAACAAAUGUCAGCUUGUUUUCAAGUGAACUUGGCCACAGCAUUGUUUCUUUUCACCCAGGCUCCGCUCAGAUAAUGGGGUCGUCUAUCUUCGUUUUGUAAUAAAUCAUCGACAAUCAAUGUCAUUUGGGUUCAAUAGAAGUCAAUGUUAUAAUCAUUCUUGACAUGUCAGAGCGAGCAGUCGUGCAAAAAGGGGAUUGUAUUUCAAGACGAAAGCCUAAAUUAAAUAGAUCUUCGAUUGAAGGGGAGGAACCUUUUUGCCCCCAAGAGUGACGAGCAUCU